CCAACCCCCAAAAUAUAAAAACCUUCAUAUCCCAAAUUUCCAAAUUCAAUCCCUCCUCAAUUUUCCAAAUUUCCUCCAAAAAUCUAUCUUAAAACAUACACAACCAACAAAUCAACAUAAUCAAAAAAUUCAAAGAAAUCCCCAAAUAUAAAAUACCGUAUUCAAAAGUAAAUCCGUUAAUGAGCCAUCAGAUGAGCACAUUUUCUGACGUCAAUCGACGUAACGGUGCGAGAUAAACAUUUCGGAAGUGGCGAACGCGUGCCAGUCAGUAGCCCGGCGCUAUGGUCAUCAGGAUGUCCCCACCAUUUUCUAAGGAAAUCUCCUACCCUUAGGGUUUUGUAAGGGUUGGACAGUAUAUAAGCGAAGUGCACCCCCUCUCGUUGUAAACGAUUUUGGCAAUCCGCUGUGUGAACACGAUUUACCUAAAACUCUCUUAGAGAAACCAUUCGGUUUCGUUCCGAGUGACGCGCACGUUUUAAACGACGAUACGUGGUGUUGUGAUAUCAGUGACCGGUGUAUGACUUUGGAUCAAUCAUUAGAUAAUGGAAGAUCGCAGAAUGGAUCCGUAUCCCAAAUCCUUGAUGGACAAUGUACAAGCGCUGGACUUCAUCUCCCGUUUAAAACCGGACACGAAGGCAGACUUUUCCGAGCCACCGAUCCUAGAUCUCUCUUGUAAGAAGCCCACAGUUACAGUACCCAGUAAGAUUUUGCAAGAUUCCAACUCCUCGGUGGACGUAGAACAAGAAGCAAACAACAAUAUCGCUGACUCCGGAUGCAAGAGUCCUUACGAGGGAAGAACAUUUAUGGUAACUCCACCCUCAGAGUCGGAUUCGCCGAAGAAGAUCAAAUACGAGCCGAUUUAUAAUAGUCCAAACUCGUCGGUGAACGUGAUCGGCCAACACGGAGUAUUUUCUGGGUUACCAGUGAAUAUUCCAAUACCAGUUCCAGCAGUAAUACCGGCGUUGUUGAAUCAAAAUGUAGGAACGGUCAAAGCCGUUCAAGUGGGCAGCAGCUCCAGCAUAUCAACGACGACGCCGACCUACAGCAAAGAGACGAUGUCAACAUUGUCUUUGGAUAGCGGUAAAAAAGCACCGAGACCCUUCAAGGCUUAUCCGAAAGAUCCGCUAUCGCUCACUGUGGGCGCAGCUGAAUUGGUGUACGAUCAAAAUUCCACGGAAGCGUAUUCGGAAUUUCGGAAACGAAUGCUGGAGUCGGUGAAGCGGUCGAACGAGGGGACGAACGUGAAGAUGCGCAGAUCCACGAAGAGUCCGGGAUUACCAACCAGCACCGUGGACGAGAAGGAUGCAGCUUACUGGGAGAGGAGAAGAAAAAAUAACGAAGCUGCCAAACGUUCUAGAGAUGCGAGGAGAGCCAAGGAAGAUGAGAUCGCGAUCAGGGCAGCCUUCCUAGAGCAAGAAAAUAUCAAAUUGAAAUAUGAACUUGUAGCACUUAGGAACGAAACAGCCAAACUUCGAUGUAUGAUUUAUUCGACUUAGUUUUGUAGUUUUUAUAGAUUGUAAGUUGUUAAUAUUGUUCUGAUACUCAGGGAAGAGUCGGUUUCUUUGAAUACUGACUUGAAACUUUGUGUUUGUUACUGAUGAAGUAAUGGACAGUUGUAAAGAUCUGUAUUGCAUUUUGUAAGCAACAAUUUUUGUGAACAUUUGAAUCAUUUUCAUUUUCGUUUUAGAAUAGUAGGUUCUCAUUUUAUAAAUUGAUGUAUUGUUUUGUAAAAUUCGGAAUUAUUGUUUAGCGAAUGUUCUUUGAAUGGAGAAAACUUUUCGGAUUUUACAUGUUAAAAAAUCAUUUUGUCAUACUACUAAUGUUUGGAAAUUAAUUUUCCAUGAAUAUACACGAGUGCCAUAGAUGUAUAAGUAUACAACACUGCCAGUAUCAUAAAGUUGUUUACAAGAUAACGAUGAUUGUGCCAAAUAGGCUAUCUGACAUUAGCUUUAUCCAAAGUGUAAAAAUUUAAAGAUCUUUAAUGAAAUGUUAUUCGUACUUAGGUACAGAAAAUAUUCUGCCCACCAUGAGCAAAAAUCAAAACAAUUAAAUUUAUAUGAGGAGUGUGUAGAUUAUAUCACACGACCAGAGAAAGACUUUGUAAAUAAAUGAAAGUAGGAUAAUGGUUACGCUGAGGUAUCAAAUUUCUUACAUUUCAUUAGACGUGUAA